UUUGGUAUCCGGUAGGUCUCCAUGAUCUGGUCCAGGGAAUUGGUGCCUUCCUUCCCCCAUGGAGCAAACUUCUCCAACCUUGAACCCUCUGGAUGCCAUGAAUUCCUAUAGUUCUAGCCAAGGGCGGCAAGGAGGUGUUUGGAUGCGGUGCUGGCAGUUGUAAUUCAGUGCAUCUGGACGGCCCCAGGUGGGAAGAGAUACGCCAUGUAGGGAACGUUUACUUCAUCCUAUCGUAUGCAGGUAUCAGAACGUGAUGGUGGAGCGUCCACAGGGAAUGGAUUAGACAAUGCCACAGCAUCUGAUGCCCAGCAAGUUUCGCCCUCUCACCCUAAGCCUCCUUCCUUGGACCUCUUUAAUCUGGUGAUAUCCUAUAAGCAACUAGAACUGUACCUAGAACCACUGCAGGAUGUUGCUGAAGUUGUGUGGUUCCUCCUCAGCUGGCAGAUGCCCUUCUGCUCUCUCCUUACUUGUUUGGGCCUCAACUUUCUGCUGCUUACUCUGAGUGAAGCUGCUUGGUAUGGGCUGUGUGCCCUGCUAAUCUCAGUGCCUGCCAUGCUCGGCUAUCUACAGGAAACAUGCCGCAUCCGUCUUACUGAAGAGCAGCUGGCACGCCGUAGGUAUCACAGUGUGCGGCGAGAAGAUGUGAGAAAAGUUCAACUUUCUCGAAAUGAGGCUGUGGCUGAAGUUAAGGGCUUGUAAGUCUGCUUGGGAGAGACGGGGUUGGGUUCUUGGGCAUUGUUUGAGCAUGGAAUUGAAGGGCUGUUGCUUGAUAUAAGUUGCUUGUUGAGCUAAUAAGGCUGGAGAGGGGAAUGUUUUGUAUUGGCUUGAGCUCCUAGUAGUAGAAAGGCAGAAAAAUUAGGAAACGCUGUAGGCCAGUGUUGGCGAAUCUUUUUGUCACUGAGUGCCAGAAUGGGAGCACAUGCACGCCGGAAACUGGAGGAGCAGUCCCCCGGCAUGCAUGUGCGCCAGAAACCAGACCAGCUGGCCAGUGUGCAUUCGCGUGCCG